AUGACUUUCCCUUCCACAAUUCCUUCCAAGUUCUUGUCCGCAGGCAACGAGUUAGGGGUAGUAGCCGUCGGGUUUUCCGGCGGCCAGUGCAAACCAGGCGUGGACGCCGCGCCCACCGCCCUCAUAUCCGCCGGCCUCCUGACCCAGCUGAAAGAGGACUUGGGCUAUACCCUGCAUCACGAUGACACAGUCCACAACUACUCCAGCCUCAUACCCUCCUCCGACCCAGACUACCGCAACAUGAAGAACCCACUCGCAGUCAGCGCCGUUACCAAGCAGCUGUCCAAUCAAGUGUACGAGCACGCAAAGUACGGCCGCCUCGUGCUGACUUUGGGCGGCGACCACUCCAUCGCGAUUGGCACAAUCGCGGGCACGUCUAGAGCCAUCAAGGAAAGACUUGGUAGGGAAAUGGCGGUGAUUUGGGUGGACGCACACGCAGAUAUCAACACGCCGGAGACGAGCGAAAGCGGCAACAUUCAUGGUAUGCCCGUUGCUUUUCUGACCGGACUCGCAAAGGAAGAAAAGGCAGAUAUGUUUGGGUGGCUGGGAGAAGAGAAGGCUUUGAGCUUGAAGAAAUUGGUGUAUAUUGGCUUGAGGGACAUUGAUAGGGGAGAGAAGAAGAUUCUGAGGGAGCACGGGAUAAAGGCGUUUAGCAUGCAUGAUAUCGAUAAACACGGUAUUGGCCGAGUCAUGGAAAUGGCGUUGGGACAUAUUGGGCACGAUACUCCCAUUCACCUUUCCUUUGAUGUCGACGCUCUGGAUCCUCAAUGGGCCCCUAGCACUGGAACCCCAGUGAGAGGUGGCCUGACCUUGCGGGAAGGCGACUACAUCGCCGAGUGCGUGCAUGAGACGGGAAGUCUUGUUGCUAUGGAUUUGGUGGAAGUGAAUCCUUCUCUGGAGGCGGUAGGUGCUGCGGACACAAUCAGAGCGGGUUGCUCCUUGUUCAACGCUCGUCCUAUGUCCAUCUCCUCACCAUUGCCUUCAAAACUCAUGGACCCGGCACGGCUGAGACCUCAUCAUUCAAGCGCAAAUUCCCAGAGCGAUGACUACGCAUCGGACUAUCAGAGUUCUGAUGAUGGUUAUGACUAUAGCAUCGUUGACGAUGCACCAGAAGCACAGCCAACAAAAGCCAAGAAAUUCAAACCGGCUAUAACUUCCCAGGCUUCCAUCGAAGCUAGUGCAUCGAAGGGGCUAGAAGAUGCAGACCAUGCAUUUACAGAGAUAAUGCCACAUAUCUGGCAGCGCCAUGCUGGCGGCCGGAGGGCAAAGAUACCAGAAGUAGAUCUGGAUUUGGAAAAGGGCGUUAGUGGUGGCGCAGCAACAGACGAGAAGAAUCAUCGAAGGCGGCCCCAGAGGUGA